AUGGAGCUCGGCGAUGAUUCCCCGUGGGGCGACGUGCCCUCGCAGUCGGCCGCAGACGCGCCCAAGCCCGACAAGGACAAGGACGGGUCCAGCACUCUCGCGCCCGCGCCCAUCGACGCCGCCGCCGCAUCUGCCCCCAGCGCGUCCGCUGCACCACGCUCGCCGGCCGCCCGCGGCCCCCGCCGGCGCCAGUAUGGCACGCAGUCGACGAAGCUCGAAGCUGUAGACGACCCGCUCGGCCCGCUGGGAGCUCCCACGCCGCCCGCCGCGCCCGAGCCGCCGCAGAAGGAGGCCGCCGCGCGCAGCAAUCGCCCCAUGACCGGCACCUCGACGUCGUCGUCGCUGCGCGGCAUGAUGGACUCGGUCGACCUCAACGACGACGACGAGCCGCCGGCGCAGGGCCCGCGCGUGCCCCCGCCCGUCCAGGCAGCCGCCCACGCCGCGCCCCCGCGCCAGGCCCAGCCCAGCGUGAGCAUCGAGCAGGCCGCGAAGCCGACCUUUUCCAUCUACGUCGGCGACCCGCACAAGGUCGGCGACCUGACGAGCUCGCACACCGAGUACUCGGUCACCACCAAGACCACGUCCAAGGGCUACCGCAACCCCGAGUUCACCGUCUCGCGCCGCUACCGCGACUUCCUCUGGCUGUACACCCAGCUGCACAACAACAGCCCGGGCGUCAUCAUCCCCCCGCCGCCCGAGAAGCAGUCGCUCGGCCGCUUCGAGGCCGACUUUGUCGAGUCGAGACGCGCCGCGCUGGAGCGCAUGCUAAACAAGACCGCCGCCCACCCCGUGCUGCAGCACGACGGCGACCUGAAGCUCUUCCUCGAGAGCGACGCCUUCAACGUGGACAUCAAGAACAAGGAGCGCAAGGAUGUGGGGCUGGGCGAGAGCAAGGGCAUGUUUGGCGGCAUGCUGUCCGGCAACAGCGGCAAGUUUGUAGAGCACGACGAUUGGUUCCACGACCGCAAGGUCUAUCUCGAUGCGCUGGAGAACCAGCUCCGCGCGCUCCUCAAGGCCACCGACACCGUUGUGAUGCAGCGCAAGGGCCUCGCAGACGCCUGCGGCGACUUCUCCGCCUCCCUGCACUCGCUCUCCGCCGUCGAGCUCUCGCCCGCCCUCUCCGGGCCGCUCGACAGCCUCUCCGACAUCCAAAUCCGCAUCCGCGAACUCUACGAGCGCCAGGCCCAGCAAGACGUCCUGACCAUGGGCAUCGUCAUCGACGAGUACAUCCGCCUGAUCGGCUCCGUCAAGACCUCCUUCCAGCAGCGCCAGAAGUCCUACCACGCCUGGCACACCGCCGAGCAGGAGCUGCAGAAGCGCAAGACCAACCAGGACAAGCUGCUGCGCCAGGGCCGCUCGCAGCAGGACCGUCUGAAUCAGCUCGGCGCCGAUGUCGCGGAUGCAGAGCGCAGGGUCCACCAGGCCCGUCUCCUGUUCGACGACAUGGGCCGCCUGAUGCGCAGCGAGCUGGAGCGCUUCGAGCGCGAGAAGGUCGAGGACUUCAAGUCGGGCGUCGAGACGUACUUGGAGAGUGCCGUGGAGGCGCAGAAGGAGCUCAUCGAGAUCUGGGAAACCUUCCUCAUGCAGCUCGACACCGAAGACGGCGAGACCUUUGUCCCGCCCGCGGGCGUCGUCGCGUCUCCCGCCCCCGAGCAGAACGAGCCGGCGAACGGGCGUGCGGGCGCGCAAGACGACGACGAGGCGCUGCGCGCGGAUGCGGAGCGAGAGGGGGGCGCGUAG